AGUGGAUCCCAUCAUCACCGCGAAAAAAGAAGCCUUCUUUGUCUUCGACUCUUGAGACUCCUUCCUUUCUCUCCCUCACUUCUCUCAUUCUCUUCCUUAGCUUUCGAUUCUCUAGUUUCUCUUCUCUUCUCCAGAUCACCCAAAAUGUUCAGAUCCAUGCUUGUUCGAUCCGCUUCCCAGGGGCUCCGUAGAGGAUUCGCCUCCGAAUCCGUUCCCCAUCGCAAAGUCGUCAUCCUCGGCGCCGCCGGUGGAAUCGGGCAGCCUCUGUCUCUCCUCAUGAAGCUUAACCCUCUCGUCUCCUCUCUCUCCCUCUAUGAUAUCGCCAACACUCCCGGCGUUGCCGCUGACGUCGGCCACAUCAACACCCGAUCCGAGGUUUGUGGAUACAUGGGUGAUGAUAAUUUGGGGAAAGCUCUAGAAGGAGCAGACCUCGUCAUUAUUCCAGCUGGUGUCCCGAGGAAGCCUGGAAUGACCCGUGAUGAUCUUUUCAACAUUAAUGCCGGCAUUGUCAAGAACCUCAGCAUCGCCAUCGCCAAGUACUGCCCACAAGCACUUGUGAACAUGAUCAGCAACCCUGUGAACUCUACUGUUCCGAUUGCGGCAGAGAUUUUUAAGAAGGCUGGUACCUACGAUGAGAAGAAAUUGUUUGGUGUUACCACUCUUGACGUUGUUAGGGCCAGGACUUUCUAUGCUGGAAAAGCAAAUCUCCCUGUUGCAGAGGUUAAUGUUCCUGUUGUCGGUGGACAUGCUGGUGUUACGAUUCUUCCUCUCUUUUCUCAGGCCAGUCCACAAGCCAACUUGUCUGAUGAUUUAAUCAAGGCCCUAACCAAGCGUACCCAGGAUGGAGGAACAGAAGUCGUGGAGGCAAAAGCUGGAAAGGGUUCAGCUACAUUGUCAAUGGCCUAUGCGGGAGCACUGUUUGCUGAUGCAUGCUUGAAGGGACUCAACGGUGUUCCAGAUGUGGUGGAAUGCUCAUUUGUGCAGUCUACCAUCACCGAGCUUCCUUUCUUCGCCUCAAAGGUGAGACUGGGGAAGAACGGAGUGGAGGAAGUGCUAGAUCUAGGACCACUCUCAGACUUUGAAAAGGAAGGCUUAGAAGCCCUCAAGGCAGAACUCAAAUCCUCCAUCGACAAGGGAAUCAAAUUUGCCAACCAAUGAGUUUAUUUUGCUUCUUUUAAUUAUUGAUUUUGGACUAAACUGGCUACUUUUGCUACUUUCUCCGGCUUUCCUUUUUUCCCGGUAGAGUUGUCUUCUUCAUCUGCAAGAACUUGUAAAACUCCACUAAUAAAUUCCCCAUUGAGAAACCAUUGGGGGACUCUGUAAUAAAAUUGAAGUUCUAAAAAACUACUGUUGCUUGUAAGCUAUGAUUCAUCGUCCUCUUUGGAGCUAUUAUUCUUCUUUUUUCAAAAUGUAAGAUAGAAAUAAAUAAAGAAAUCUAUGUUAACAUAUAUUGUAAGUUGCAUAUCUUGGGCAUUUGUUUAGAA